AUGAACCUGUCUACUCUACCCUUCCUUCUGUUCCUAUUCCACCUGGCCCAUGCUCUUUCUUUUGAAGCUGCUUCCAUUGUAGAUGGCCUCAAAUCCUAUUCCCAGCUUGAUCUUCCUCACUCAGUUUUUGGUUCUGAAAGUGCAGCCUUCGAUUGCCGUGGUAAAGGACCAUACGUGGGAGUUUCUGAUGGAAGAAUCCUUAAGUGGCAUGACACAAAGAAAGAGUGGAUUGACUUUGCAGUUACCUCUCCACGCAGGGACAAGAAACAAUGCGAUGGGUUAACAAACGAAGACUUGGAAUCAAUCUGUGGAAGACCAUUGGGUCUGAAAUUCAACACUGUAACUUGUGAUCUCUACAUUGCCGAUGCAUACUUUGGGCUUCUGGUAGUAGGACCAUAUGGUGGCGUGGCAAAACAGUUGGCCACUUCCGCAGAAGGGGUCCCAUUCAGGUUCACAAAUGCCUUGGACAUUGACACCAAAACUGGUGAAGUAUAUUUCACAGAUAGCAGCAUCCUAUUCCAGAGAAGGUAA